AUGGAAAACGCAGAUUUCAAAACUGGUGGCAGAGAGGAUGCUGCAAAUGAUGGGUUUAUAGAAGGGUCUGAUAGCCCGUCUCGCAGGAGGACCAGGGGAAGGGUUAGGGUUUCGAAUAGUAGGGGCACUGGUCCUGUUGCGAAAGGGGAAGCCCCUUCAGAUAUGGAUGGGGUAGAAUGGAUUGACCCGAACGGGUUUUGUCGUUCUAAAGAGGAUGGCGGAGUGCGGUCAUGGCUCAAGGAACUGGGACUGAGUAGGUAUGCCCCUGUUUUUGAGAUACAUGAAGUGGAUGACGAGGUGCUGCCAUUGCUGACUCUGGAUGAUUUGAAAGAUGAGAUCCCCAUGAUAGAUCGAUUUAAGCGAUAA